GUAAUUGGUGGCUGCACCAACCGAUACCGAACACAUGGAGCGGGGCCGCGGAAGACACAGAAGGGGAGGCGGCGGUCGGAGAAGGCCCUGGGGAGAGCGAGGACGUGGAGGUGACAGGGGUGGACCCGCGCACAGUGGCAGAGGAUACAGGGGCGGCUGGGGAGCAGAUCGCGAGCGCGCUGAGCCUUCACAACCCAGAGUUGAGGGCAGAAAUGAGGCUGUAGAACCCCAGGAAGAGGAUGAACAGGUGUCGUCAGGAUUCUCCAGGAGGAAAGUAACUUCCAACUGGGAUCGCUAUGAAGAAACUGAGAAGGAGCCUGAAAGUAAAGUGCUUCAAAGAGGAGCCGAUUACAGUGUCCUCCUUAGUUCAGCAGGGGAUUCCUUCACUCAGUUCAGAUUUGCUGAUGAGAAAGAAUGGGAAGCAGAAAAUCCAAGCCAAAAACAGGCCUCCGCUGUGUGUCUGGAUCUCCAGUCUCUGGGGCGAGUCCUGCAGGAGCUGCCGCUGUAUCUGCGACUCAACGUGGAGGCUGAGCUGGUUCAGGAAGCGUUACCGCAGGAGCUUCCUCAUUUUAAGACCAAAGGCACUUUAAACUUGCCUCCAGUCACCCGUACCCCAACCAGUACUGCUGCAGUGGCUAAUUCUACUCAAGUGGAAACGGCCCUUCCACAGGAACGUGUUUUAAAUGCCACAAAGGCUGCACACAACUCUUCUCCGCUUGCAUUAGAUGAAGAACUUGACUUUCUGCUUAGCCUGGAAGCCCCAGUGAAGGAGGUACCAGGCGUCCAACCGAGCAAUGAAAAUAAAGAGAGCGACCUUCAUGAGAAGAGUGAAGAACCUCUUCCAGUGACAGAUGUUGCGACUUCUUCCGAUGAGAAGGAAAAAACUGUAACUGAAGAAGAUCUAGAAGAUUGGUUGGACAGCAUGAUCUCUUGAUGUGCCAGAGGGGCAGGAAAGCUAGAGGGUGCAGUAAUAGAUAUAUAUAUAUAUAUAUAGAGCAGUAAAUUAAUUCCAUAGGCAUGUAUGACAUGACAUGUAAAAUGUAAACCUUCAGCUAAGAUCUCCUGUAUAACAGAACUGAAACGCUAGUGAAUAUGCAGUAAUGAUAGGAUUCCAAACAGGGUCUGAAUUAGGAAUUUCAUUUGAACUGUUUAAUGUUAAUCUUUUCCAGUUAAGCAGACUUUCGGAAAAUGUGGUUGAAGACCCAUCUUUUGGGUCACACAGUUCUCCCCUAGCAAAAGGCUUAUUUGUAUAAUCACUGUAUCGUUUACCAAUAAUACCAUGAAUAAAACAGCCUAGCAGUUA